AGCACUACACACGGAGUCCAAACUCCAUGAAUUAACACGUAAGCGCAGCCAACAACUUGACCAAAACUGCCAGGAGGCGACGCUAGACCGUCCCGUUCGUAGAUUUUGUUGUCGCUCCUGGUUGAAAAAGUUCGUUUAUACGACAAAACGCCGUCGUCCUCAACUGUGCUAUUUCUCCAAGGCUUGUUUUGAGUGGUCAUUUCGUCACUACCAACGGGGAAUAAUGAAGAUAUACGCAGCAGACAAGGUUCAGCAAGCCAAAGUUGUGUAUGACGGCGAGACGUACACAACAGUAGCAGUACCGUCAAAGAUAGGGCAAUAUGCGUGUAAGUGCAAAGAUGGCAGCCAUGUCCUGACCAAAUCCUCUCAUCCUGAGGUCACGCCAAAUCAUCGGCAGUCGCGAUGCUGGAACUUCGGAAUGGCUUCCUGUCUCAUCUUUUCCAUUGUCGCCUCGGUUGGUUUGUGUGUGCUUCUUUACUCCGCUGCCAGACCAGUUCCACUGCAGGACAGUUUCUCGGUUGACGAGUGCGAGGUACCCAUUCUUCCAGAUCAACAGGAGCCCUUGGGUUACAAGGAACACAUGACAACUGAUAAAAAGAAUAUGAUAGAGACCUUUGAUAUCCCAGAGAUGAACGCCAACCAUCCAGCUACAAUUAUGCACGAUUUCUACAACGAAAUAACGAUUUAUUUGGAUCGGUUGGAGGAUACUUGUUUCAUCAUGAAACUCAACACAACAGAAGUUGUCCAGCCAAAGCACCUGCUGGAAGCUUUCAUCAGAUAUAAGAGAGGAGACUUUGACCUGGAUAUAGACACCAUUCGUGAAACCAUGCACGUACAGAUGCCACCAUUAUCUGACCUUGCUCCCCUUGGUCUUGGAGCUGAGAUUUUGUGUGAAGAUCUGCCUACCUAUUGGCUAGUCAAUCCCAGAACGCCGGCACUCCGGAAGCGAAGUAUUCACUCAGAUGAACAUCACGUGACAUACUUCAACGGACAAUACAUGGUUGACCUGACUGUUAUCAACGCAGUUUGAAGCGAACCUGGGACCCCUCCAGAAAAUGAUUUUGGAUGUUAUAGAAAUCGGAAGGUCAUAAACAAUAUACUGCCAUGUCAAAAGCAUUCCUAAAAAGGUUAUGUUUCUGAAUUGUUUCUAGAGUUUCUUAUGUACAAGUUGAUCAAGUGGUACCCCUGUACGAGAAUAACAUAUAAGCCUAAACGUUGCUCGAGUCGAUCUGUUUAAACUACGUUGGACCCUUUCUGGGGCUAGACAUGAAUUGAAUUGAGAAAACCCCGACACUCAAACGAAAAAGUCGUGCCUCACGCCUUUAUUUUAGGCUAAGAUUCCUUGAAUUUUACGUCAUUUUGACGAACAUUAAACUGUUAUGUACAUAAUAUUAACAGAAAGGGAUAGGAGUGGGAAGCCCUCCCACCUUACAAAGUUUAUGAAUGGUGGUUAAUUUGUAAAACACCUUCGUCUUUUGGCAAACUUAUAGGCAUGCGUUGUAAAUAUUAAAUGCACUUUAAACAACUCCGAAAUUAUGAUGCAUUGUCCCCAGCUACUCCCAGCUACACGAAAUGAGCUGUAAUUAUACAUGUAGUCUAUGAUAGCCCAUUUACAGCCGACUAGUUGAAUAAAGCUUGUCCUGGGCAGACUA